AGGUGAAGUGAGGUGCCGGUCGGGUGGGGUCGCUCCCGCUCCGCGCCGCUGCCUAAGUGUAACGGGUCGGUCCUGCGGGCCCCAGUGAUCGGUGGAGUGGGUCGCGCGCGGCGCGCCCUAUACGAGCGCGGAGAGAUCGCCGCGACUGCGGGCGGCGGCGGCGGUGGCGGCGGGCGGCGGCAGUCCUUCCCGCGGCCGCCCCCAGCUCGGCGGUGAGCAGUGCGCGGCGCUGAGGCACGUGACACAGAUCGGGGACGGUACGGGUGCUCCGCGAGGCCGCGGGUGUGACAGCCGGGGCGGACAGACGGCGGAGGACCGGCGAGGUGUGCACCCCACACGGAGCUGAGGUCCCCAGGCUGCCUACUGUCGAAGACUACUGAAGAAUCGCGGCACGUGCAGCGGAGGGAAGGCGCCCGCUGUAUUAUCAGCAACAUCGUGGGUGUCCUGUGCUCCUGCCUGCCGAAGUGCUGAAGCUACCAGUAGCCAGUGGCUUGUGACGUGCUGUAGCACCAGUAUCACCAAGGACUGUGGCACUGCCCGGCACAGUGGUGGAGAGUGUCACAGAGUAGCGCGAGCUAUGGUUUGACCGUAGAAACCACUGCGCGCGCCCAGUGGUGAGGUCACUGAUCAUGCCGCCUGCUCGGCUGUCGGGAAUGGCCCUACUGCUGCUGCUCGGUCUUCUGGUGGUCGCUUCGGUCUCAGGUGCCGAGCUGAGCGACCCCACCGCUCCCGCCGAGCUCCACCACAGCCCAGCGUCGCUGCUCUCUCCUAGUGCCAUCUACCGGGCGUUCCUCGACCACCUGGCGGCGAGGAGACGAAGCUUGAGUACCGGGCAUUCGCCGCCAGGAGAGGGCCGCUCCGAGGACGUGCAGGUGCGGCCAGUCACCCUGGCAGAGGGACUGUGGAUUUUCGGUGGCUCCGUGGCGUUCAGUGUGGCGAAGGUGCUCGGUUUGUCGCUGCUGUACUACGUGGCGCCAGGCUUCGUGGAGACCUGGGGCCCGACGUUCGGCUGAGCGCCGUUAGAUGUCGCGGAGGUCUGGGUACCGAGUAACGGCGCAGAUGGCGCUCGGUACCGGGACGUUCCCUCACGGCCCUCCGAUGGGAGCUAAAUUCUCUCGUGCCCAGGUAUUCCAAAAGCGAAUAUUAGGCGACAAUCAGGACCGGACAUAUGCCCAAGCAUGCAUCACGUGUAUACCUAUACCAACUCCGGUGAAAACCCAUUCAAACGUGUCUUGUGGAUACUCAGAACACUAGCCGGUGUUCCAUUGUUGAUGUUCUAAUGCGCAGCUCAGUAUUUCGGGCUGACAUGUGAUGUGAGUACAGAAGGUUAUGCCUUGUGUGUUUUUGUUUUGCUAGCAAGAGCUAUUAUACGUGUGUUGUUAUGAUUACCAUGUUAUUGCCAAUGUCAUGAGCUGUCAACGCAUUCGAGAAGUCCCAACAAAAAUGUACCAACUUUGUGCAUGCUCCAUGCUGCUUCUGAGGUGUAAACUAGACGUGGGAUUAUGGAAAACAAAACAACUGGGAAACUCGACA